UUGCGAGUUAUCAGAUAGUCUCUAACAAGGACCCAAUUUUACUGAGUCCUAAUAUCACUGUUGUGUUUUUUGCAUUAACAAGAAAAAAGACAAAUUAUAAAUAAUUUACAAUUAUAUUUAAUCUAAAUUUUGCUAGUCGCUCCGUUCCACAAGUAUCAUCACCAAUGCCUUCUAAGGUGUUCACUUAGAAUCAAGAAAACCCUGGACGGAUAAAGGAUUUAAAGAGACAUUUCCUUUCCUUAGUUUAAAUUGUGAAGGAAUAUGUCGGAUUUAAAAGGAUCCCCUAACAUCAAAGAUUCCUUUGAUCAGCCAAAUUGUCUUAUCGACAAGGAGGGCUUGACUUUAGCUCUUAAACACUUCACAAGUUCAACGCUAACCAUGAGAUUGGCCGGUAUAACACAGAUCAACAAUUACAUUAAUCUGUUUAAUGAUUACUGUCAAUCAGAUGGUGGAGGUGGUAAUGGGAAUGGAAAUGGAGGCAAUGACAAUGGGCUUGAUUUUCUUGGAAAACCAUCUGACGGAGAAGAAUUAGCAGACUGGAUUUUGGAGAAUAAAAUCAUUGAGCAUAUUUUUGGUCCAAAUCUCCAUGUUGAAGUUAUAAAGCAAAGUCAUAUUGUACUCAAUUUUGUUGUCUCUCAAUUAACAAAGGAACACAUUGACGUUAUUUGGAGUUCUGCUCAGCUUAAGCAUUGUAGUCGCCAAGUUUUUGAUAUUCUUACACCAUUGAUUAAGAAUAUGAAUAUAGACGCUGUUCUUCACCUGAAUUCAUUAAUACGUAAUUUGGAACCCAAGGACCACACCGAGCAAACACUCCUUCUUUCGUCGUGUCUCCUUAAAAUUAUUUGGACAAAGUCACUCAAUCUUUGUGAACCGGCUACAUUCAUCAGAGAAUGCAAUCCACUUGACGAUCUUACAAUGGUUAAAAGUCCAAUAUUCACAUUAUUACCUGGAUCACCUUUGGACCAAAGGCAUGGAGAUCAGAGUAGCUCAAGUCCCAGUGUAGAUAAUAGUGAUGAAGAUGACGAAGAUGAUUUUGAGCUUUCGAUGAAAUAUAAACCUCAACCUAAAGAACGUGUUAAAAAUAACCUUACUUCAGAUAGUCAACAAAGCUGUGGUAGUCAGAGUUCCUCGGAUGGAGGAGGAUAUGAAAACAAUAAGAAUUUAUCGCCAUUUAGAACAUCUCACCGAAUUAUCAAUACAAUAAGAAUUGAGGAUGAUGUACCGUUUGUUGCUGAAAUGGAAGAAGAUUUACAAAAAGGAACAACGGAUUCAGAUGAAGAUUGCUCUACCUUAAUUGGUCCCAUGCCUGUACAAAGGCCUCACCUGAUAGAACCACUCAAGAAAAGUGAUGCGCCUUUAGUAUUGGAUAUUAAUGACCCAAGAUUACCUAUGAACCAUAUCUCCGCCACUCAUCUGAAUAAGAUUGCCGACGAAGACGAAGAUGAAGAAGAAGAUGACGAUGAAGACGAAGACGAGGACGAGGAUGAUGAUGUUGAUGGAGGGGCGCUACCUCGUUUAGUAAAAGCUAGUCUAUCUGAACAGACAGAUGGACUUCCAAUGAUGAUCAUGUCCGAUUCCGAAGGUGAUAAUCUGUUAAGUGACAGUGGAAGUAAUAGUUCACAAGUAAGUCAAUCAUCUCAAAAAAAUAUGGCUGAUUUCGAUGGUGAAGACUCGGCAUCUUAUUUCAACAUUGAUGAUUUUUUCGACCCUUCACGUAAACUGAUUCUUCAAAGCCCUGCUGCUACUCAAUUAGCAAACAUUGCUUGUCUUCAUUCGCGUAAUUUUCCAGAAAAGAAAAGAACAAAGCACCAAUCUGAGGGAAAUGUGACCACAGCUACUCCUGUAACACUUCCGGUUCCUAAUGAGGAUAGUGAAUCAAAUAGUGAACUAUCUAAGUUUACCAUCGAUAAUGUUUGUAAAUCAGGUCAGACUAUUUUAUGGGAUCUUCUUCAAGACGAUUGUAUCGGCCAACUGUCCGAUGGAUUAUCUCAUGACUGUGAAAAAAUUCUGUGUAGCUUAAUUUGCUGGAUUGCCGAUAAGCGAAUAAGGAUGAAAUUUAUCGAAGGAUGUCUUGAUAAUCUGUCCAAAAACUAUUCCAUCAUAGUAUCAUUACGUUUGUUGCCUAAACUGUUCAUCUCAUUUCAACAAUACCGUGGAGGCAGUGAUACCCAUUCAAUUACUUUGUGGGCUGACAAAGAGAGACAAAUGUUGAAACACUUUUUCUCUAAUCUUAUUCUCUAUGCUAAGAGGAGAGAAAUAAAACCUACUAGCAACUUAUCAGGGUCUCCACACGAAUUGUAUACUCACACAGAAGAGAUACAAUCAAGACUUCAAUUUCUGACUUUUAUCUUUUCAUACGCUGGUUCUCCUGAAAGCUUUCAAUUGUCCAAAGAACAAGUUGAUACUCUAUGGAACUGUUUGGCAACUGACAAAGAGUGUAGCGAUGAAUUAUUUAGCUGGUUAUUGAAUCAAGUUCGUACUCGUGAUCAACAUGCUUUAGGGCCCGAAAUGUUCAAAUACAUUCUAACAGUGAAAAUUCCCACAUUGACUCCUGAUAAUUUUUCUAUGGUUACUCUUGAACUUCUGCAACAAUUAUUUGGUUUUGUUCUAACUCGUCCUCAGAUGAGUGAAUCAGCUGACAUUGCAAUCAAGAAACUGUGGGACAUAGCUUUACUAGCAUCUAACUCUUAUGUUAGUAUGGCAGCAAUUAGAAAUUUGAACAGUUAUUAUGUCCAUCUUCCCAUUUCUGGUCUAACUAAGGAGGAAGAGUUCAUUGCCCAAUGUAUGGACUAUAUUAAAUCAUCUUCUGCCGUUUUGAAUGAGGACGAGGAUAAAAAUUUAACUAUUAUUCAGAGAGCAUUAAUUCUUCUCAAGACGCAUCUUGAAGCAUUUCGUUGUCGAUUUUCAUACCAUUUAAGACUUUUUCAUCUUAACGGUGAUGUUUCUGUAAUGAGUCACUGUGACAAUUGUAGUUCCAGAGGAAAUCAACAAGUGAUCAAAAUUAUUUGCCAUCCAGCAUCAUCAAAUGAAAAAACAUUUUUUGAUAUGUACUCGACUGAUUUUGUUGGUGAACUUCGUGCUGAAAUUUACCAUUGGUUUCAAACGGUUGUCAAAAAAUGUAAAUCUGGUUCAAGCGAAGAUGAAAAGCAAGCCUUUGAUGGUCCUUUAAGGUUGUUGUCUCAAGGACAAGAAUUGACUCAUGAUCUCGAUGAAAAAACUCUCGCUGAGAUGGGCUGUAAAGACAACCAAGUUGUUUAUGUGUCUAUUGGUGUGAGUCGUCCCAGUCGGAAACUUCGUGAUACUAUUGACCCUGCAUCAUUGUUACCACCGCCUCCUAAAAAUCGUUUGCCUUCUAUCCUUUUACUUCAGCCUAAUUAUUUUGAACAACUUUUUAGCUUAAUGCAACUUUUAGGCUCGAUGAAGUCUUCAUCAUCUACUCGAGCUCAGAUUCUAUCUCGGCAAGUAUGGGAAAUCAUUAACAUCCUUCCAACCUCACCUGAUUUGUUAAAAUCAUUCCAAAGUAUAACUGUUAAUGAUGAAACCAGUGACUCAUCAAACAAUUUAUCCCUCCGAGUUAACAGUCUGCUUAAUCCAAGUAGUCCUCAAAAAUUAAUCUACUCAGUUCAAAUAGUAGAAUGGCUUCAAAGAACAUCAAAAAAUGAAGAGAAUGGAUGGGCUCAAAAAUUUAUUGACUGUGUUGGCUUACAGCAUUUAUUUGAUAUUUUUGUGUCCGGUGUAUUGCAACAGGGUGAUUCUGACACUUGGAAUGAAUGGAAACAAGACUGUCUUGCCUCUUUACUACAUCUGAUAUACCAGUUUGGUAUUGACCCACUACCGAAAGAUUGUAACAAGCAAGAUGCUACUAAUAAUAGCAAUAACCAUAACACCAUCAACAACGCUAACAUUACCAAUAGUAUUAGCAUUACAAGUAACAAUUCAAUUACGACAAUUAAUUCAGCUAAUACAAGUAUAACAAUUACUGCAUUUCCAACUCAUCCAUCUUCUAAUCUCAUGAGUAACAAAGGCUUUACCGAAUUUGGCAAACGAAAAAGAAAUCCAAAAGCUACCGUUGAUAAACUUUUAGUUCACCAGUUCAAUGAGAAACUUUUGGAAAUGCUUCGUGAUGCUGAAUCAACGUUAAAAGUUUUACUGACUGUUCUCAAUGAAACAACUUCAAUCUCAGCUGAGUCCAACUAUCAGACCCGUUUCUGGGGUCGUGCUCAAGUUGUCCAUAGUACUCUUCAGUUCCUCAUUUCUUGGGCUUUCUCCGAUCCUCAAAUCAAAUGUUCUCUUUUUCAAUAUCCUAAUUUCAAUUCUUUGCUAAAAAAAUUGGUCCUUGAUGAUCCUGACCCAGCAGUACGUAGAGAAGCUUGUACAGGGUUUUAUAGAAUGUGCCUUGGAAGUACGUCUUCACGUAAAACUGGACAUAUCUUUAUACCUCAAAUGUUAAGCUCUCUUUUGGCCUUUCUUUCUGAAGCUCAAGCUAUGAAACCACUGAUCAUUGAGCCAUCAUCUUCAUCCUCAACAUCUGCUUCAUCUCCUUCUUCAGCCUCCUCAUCAUCAUCUUCAUCAUCAUCAUCCUGUUCCUCUUCUACUUCAGCAUCAGCUCACGUCAAUGAUACUAUUGGAUAUAUUGACAAAGAACCGUAUGGACCUGGUUGUAAAGACUAUUUUUGGCUCGUGUGUCGACUAAUUGAUUCUCUAGAUGAUUCGAAUAGAAAUGAAAUGAUGGAAGAUUUAAACAAUUUGUGUUAUUACAUGGCAUCAACAAUUGAGAAUCGAGAGAUCAAUGAAAGUCGAUAUAGCAGUGCUGAAGAUGAAGGUCUUCGUGGUUUAUUGUCUUUAAUGACGGUUACAAUUAAACAGAACCCACCUUACAUGUUUUCAGAAGAGGGAAAUAAAUUUUUAAUCAUAGUUUUUGAUCUUCUGUUUGCUACUCCAACUCAAAAAGAUAAAAAUUUGCCUAAAUGUAAAUCUCAAGCCACUCGAUCUGCUGCUUACGAUUUGCUUGUUGAGCUGACAAAAGGCUGUGAAACAAACACUAUCACUCUGCUCAAAUUAUUAUUGAACCAACAUAAAUCAUCUUCACAUGCCUCUUAUCCUUGGGAUUAUUGGCCUCACGAUGGUUGUCGUUCAGAAUGUGGCUACGUUGGCUUGUUAAAUCUUGGUGCUACCUGUUACAUGGCCUCUUGUGUUCAACAUCUUUUCAUGUUUCCUCAAGUUCGAGCUGCUAUCUUGUCAUCUAAAGUUACGAAUGAAACCAAACACGCAACUAUUUUACAAGAAUUGCAAAAGAUGUUCGCUUUUCUAUCUGAAAGUGAAAGAAAAGCUUACAAUCCUAAAAGUUUCUGUAAAGUUUAUACCAUGAACAGUCAACCCUUAAAUACUGGAGAGCAAAAAGAUAUGACAGAAUUUUUUACUGAUCUCAUCAGCAAGUUGGAAGAGAUGUCACCACAACUCAAAGAAACAGUUAAAAGUUUAUUCGCUGGAACAUUGUCAAGCAAUAUAGUCACAGAUUGUGGUCAUAUCAGCAGAACAACUGAAGAGUUUUAUACAUUAAGAUGUAAAGUGGCUGACAUGAGGCACCUUUGGGAUUCAUUAGAUGAAUUAACGGUGAAAGAUACUCUAGAGGGAGAUAAUUUGUAUAAUUGCAGGUGUGGACGUAAAGUGAGAGCAGAGAAAAGAGCUUGUUUGAAGAAAAUUCCCAGAAUUUUAAGUUUCAACACAAUGCGUUAUUUAUACAACAUGCCAACUCAGACAAAAGAAAAAGUCAACACUUACUUUUCUUUUCCUCUAAGACUGGACUUGUCUCCAUAUUUGGAAGAAAAUUUAAUUCCUGAGGAAGGUGCUACUUCUAAGAAAGAUAACAUCAAAAAUAAGAGCAAUUCCGAAAAGAGUGAUAAAAUUAAUUGUGAUGAUAACUGUUUAGAGAAUGGUGUCUCAGAUUCAGAGGUCAAUGGAGUUGAUGUUAAAGUCGACGAAAAGAGUGCAGAUGCUACAGAGGAUAAGAAGCAAGAAAAAGUGAAUGAGGACGAUGACGAUGAUGAUGAAUCAACCGAGUAUGAACUUGUUGGUGUUACUGUUCAUACAGGAAAUGCUGAUGGUGGACAUUAUUAUUGUUUUAUUCGUGAACCAGAUCCCUUAAAAGGAAAAGAUAAAUGGUACAUGUUUAAUGAUGCUGAGGUUAAACCUUUUGAUCCUAGUCAAAUAGCUGCUGAGUGUUUUGGAGGUGAAAUGACCAGUAAAACAUACGAUUCGGUUAAUGACAAGUUCAUGGAUUUCUCUAUUGAAAAAACAAAUAGUGCUUAUAUGUUAUUUUACGAGAGGCUUUCUAAAAGCAAAAAAAGUGAAACCAAUGAAAGUGAUAAUGCCGAUAAUCAUUGUUUAAAGGCAAAACCUGCGAUAGAGUUGAAUCCAGAUAUCGCUAAAUGGAUCUGGGAAGAUAAUAUUCAAUUUCUUCGGGAUAAAAGUAUUUUUGAACCAACCUACUUCAACUUUAUGUGGCAGGUUUGUGGAUUUAUACCAUCAACACUUCAAGAUCCAAAACGAGUUGCUCUGCUUAAUGCACAAUUAGCCACAUCAUUUGUAUUAGAAACAUUCAUUCACUCCAAAGAGAAACCAUCAAUUGCCAAUUGGAUAGAAUUAUUGACCAAACAAUUUAAUACCAGUCAACAAACAUGUGAAUGGCUUUUAGAAACAUUAGCAGAAGAUUAUCAUAACUGGCCCGUUCAAAUUUUGAUAAAAUGCCCGAAUCAAAUGGUACGCCAGUUAUUCCAGCAAUUAAUUAUUCACGUAAUUUCGCAAAUUCGUAGCUCUCAAGAAGAGUUGUACAAAAAAGGCCUUCAAGAAGAUGUUGCAAAUGGAGAUAUGAAAGAAUCUUCAUUUUCUUCUUCAUCUUCACCCUCGCCAUCUCCGACUCAAUUUCCCGCACCAUAUUCAUCCACAACUUCGUCACCACCUCCACCAUCUAUUUCUCAGCAACAAACUCAACCACCGUCCUCAUCAAAUACAUCAAUCCCAUCAUCACCAACACCUUCAACAUCCUCAUCGCCAUUAUCCUCUACAUCAACUUCCAAAGGACAUUGUGUGGCUCGUUUCAUUCGUCGUUUGGUAUCCUUAGCAGAGUGCAAUAAUAGUUUGGUUCGACCUCACUUGAGGCAUUUAACUGAAUACUUUACCUUACUUUUUGAAUUUUCAAAACUCGGUGAAGAAGAAACAAACUUUUUGCUUCGUAUCAAUACAAUCUCCAUUGUAGUGCAAUUCUAUCUCAGUCAUUAUAAAGGUGCUGGAGAAUGUAUUGAAAUACUUUCUGAUGAAGAUGAAGAAGACGAAGAGGAAACUGUUCAAAGUUUAUUCCUUCAUGGUUUUCGAGCCCAUGCCGCAAUGCCUCCUAUAAACUUACCCGAAAAGUAUCCCAGACCUGCUUCUCUUGAUAAAAUGAUUACCUUUGUGUCAAGUUUAAUUGAAAAAUCUCGUUCUUCGUCAAACAGUAAUCAACUUGGUUUAAGUUCGAGUGAUUUAGAAUCCGUUCUUGGUGGUAAAAGUUUCCCUUUCAUUCAGAGACAAAUUCGUGACAAUAUAAAUCUUCGCCAAAGUUUUAACCUUAUUUGUAGUCUUUCCCGUUAUAAUGAGGCCACAGCUCAGGGCAUUGUCAAUAUGCUAUUGCAUUCAAUUUCACGUCAACCUGAAACAAGUCAACCUUUUUUUCGCAUUCUUUCAAUGCUAGUCGAGCUAUCACCCGAACAAAGUGGUCUGCCCUCCUUCAGUAAUCUAAUAUAUCCAAGGAUUUGGGAAAUAGCUGAGCAAAAUCCUCACCAUUGUUUGGAAUGGUUAACAGCACAAGUACCUCGCAAUAAGGCUGCCCAUAGUCUGGUGUUAUUCAAUCUUAACAACUGGGUUGAAUAUUUUCUCCUUGCUCACAACAAUCAACGUGUUCGUAAUGCAGCUGCUCUUUUAAUAAUUUCUUUAGUACCCAACAACUUGUUUCGACAAUCAUACUUUAAAUCGCCCAGAACUCUUAUGUUAACUACACGGGAAUCAAUGGAAUUGACCAAUGAAGCAAUUCAAAUCAUCCGACAAGUAUUUACUUGUUUGUUACAACACUUAAAGAAUGCAAAAAAUUACUUGGACCCUCAAAAUCAUGGAACAGCCAAAUUAACGUCUUAUUUUGCAGUAAUGGCAUAUUGUUUGGUUAGUCGUCAAGAAAAACUCAUGUUGGUUCCUUAUUUUUCUGACCUGUGGAAUCUUUUUCAACCUAAACUCAGUGAACCUGCUAUCGCUAUUAAUCAAAAUAAACAAAGCCUCCUCUACUUCUGGCAUCAAGCUUGCAUAGAUUGUCCAGAGAAUAUUAAAUGCAUCAUUCAAAAUUCUCAUGUGACCAAAAAUAUUGCAUUCAAUUAUAUCCUGGCUGAUCAUGAAGAUCAGGAGGUUGUCCUGUUCAAUCGGAUGAUGUUACCCUCAUACUAUGGUUUGCUUUAUCUUUGUUGCAUCCAAUGUCGCUCAUUUACACGACAUUUGGCUCUUCACCAGAAUAUUCAGUGGGCUUUCAAAAAUAUAACGCCUUAUUAUACUCAAUAUCAAUCUGCUGUUACAGAGUUAUUUAAACUGAUGAAACUGUUCGUCACUGUUCAUCCAGAUUGCUCUGAUGCCGAGUUACGUGACAUUUUACAGUUCAAACGAAAUACUCUUCAAAUGUACCUAACCUCAAUGGAUUCCCGUUCAUGUUGGACUACUUUAAUCACGGCUUUCACUAUACUUAUUGAGAAUGAAGAAGAUCAAAUUUUCGCUAUUCUCAAUGGUGGUAUAAUAGCCUUUAUCCAAUCGUUUAAUACACUUUUCAUGAUGUUUCAUGAAGCGACUGCCUGCCACAUAACAAAUGAAAUUGUAGAUCUUCUUAAAUUGUUGACUAGUUUAUUGAUAACUUUGAGAAACUCACAGCAACCUGAAGUUCGUGAAUGGUCAGCGAAAUGGAAAGAUCAUUUAGAACUUAUUCGAAAAUUAAUUCUUUUGUUGAAUACUUUCACUCCAAGUGAAGUUCGCAGUUCGUGCAUGGCUGUUCUUCUUGAAAUAGUGCAAAUCCAUCCUAAAGAUUGUAUACCAUUGGUGGUUCAGACUCUGGGCUUAGGACAUUUAACAUUCCAAGACCAAUUGUUAAAUUUUUCCGCGGGUCCAUUUUUCCCAAGAAGAGGGCAAAGGGCAACUUUAUCCAAAUCAAGUCUAAGACCAUCUAGACCUGUUUUCCAAAUGCAUUUUCACCCUAAAAUGCUGGAAGUUAAUCUAGGAGCAGAUGAAGAUUAUGAUAAAGCCAUAAUAGAGUAUUACUUGCCAUAUUAUAAAUUUAUUUGUGAUUUAUGUCGGAUUGCAGUCUCGCAAAAUAUUGUUAAUCCAGAGCUUGUUGGUCUUUGUUCAAUGGUGGCUUCAGAAUCUUUGCUUAUGCAAAUAAUAUUAUUUCCAGAGUUGUGGCUGAGUUAUUCUAAAUCAUGCGACGAUGGAGAACAAGAAUUUUUCAAUCUACUUUGUACAUCGAGCAAUUAUUUCAGAGACUAUAUUUGCAUGAUAUUGACUGGUGAUCGUAAUUUUCUCAAUGAAGAUACUGUAUUUGAGCUCGUUAAAGCCUGUCUCUCUAAAGUUUAUGGUCUCAUUAUUAAUCAGCAUUUCGUUUUGAAAAUGUUAAAUAUUGUCAACUCACUUCGAGAAAGAUUAGAUCACACAGAUUUACUCAAAGAUGCUAAGAGUUUAAUAGGGGAUAUUCGUGCUAUUAUUUUAAUUAUGGGCUGUGAUCCUCCAUCCAAUAUUUCAAACGAGCUUAAAGCUCCAAUGCUCAAAUUUAGAGAAAAAUGUUUGAGUUUGAAAGAUGUUUCUGAGGAAGUAUUAUUUGAGCAUGAAACGCCACACAAAAAGCGUAAAACGCGAGAAGAUUUGUCCAUGGAUGAGUCAAGCAAAGAUGUUUUGUCCGAAAAUGAUGAAAAUAUGAAAGAUCGUCUUGAAAAGACAAUAAUGGAAUUACAAAAGGUUUUGGACAGUAGUUGAAGUGUUACUUAUUUAAUAAGGAGCUUAUUUGAUAAUUGAACAUGGAGUUAAGCAAACACAAAAAUGAUACAAAUAUUAGAGGCAAAAAAACACUGCGCUGUAUAACAAAAUAUAUUGUAAAUGUUUCGUUUGACUAUCUUCAUACCUUUACGCCUCUAUUUUUGGUCUUUUCUUUCUAUCCCUGUCAUCUUCAUUCACUAAAACUCUUCUCUUUCCUUUGCUCUGCUUUCAACCCACUUUUUUUACUUUAUAAUUUUCACAGACAUGUAAUUUCAUUGCACAUUUCACUUUUCCUAUUCUAUCCUUCGUUAAAGAAUAGCAUCAAUAAGUCAUACAAUUCAUAACAAUUCAUAAAUACUUUCAUAUACACAUAAAACUAUCUCAUCUAAAUGCCAGAAAAAAAACACACUCUUGCAGACCUACAUUGACUCACAAGUCAGUGUCGCCGUAUUCAUGAUCAUGCCCUCAACUAAUAAGUCCAUAAUGUUUUUGUGAUGAAAUCAAGAGACCUUAUAAAUAUAAAUUAUAUUAUAUAUUAUAUA